ACAGCAGAAUGUUUUUACUGCUUUAAAUUCACUUUUCCAUCAGAGAUAUUUCAUCAUAAAGGGCCACUAAGCUGCUGGGAGAAUUUUUGAGCAGGCAGCCGGUGGAGUGUGUAUUUCUCGGUGUGGAAAAAUUCUGCUCAGAAGGAGUUUCAACGUUGCCUUUGUAAAAUUGAUUCAGGAAAACAUUUCACUUGCACUUGAGGGGAAGAGGUGACAUUCUCUGACAUAAGCCUUGUUCUUUUGCUGCAAUCCUGUUCUUUGUUCUUGACUAAUCAUGGAUGUUGAAAGAGAUUAUUACCGAACAUCUGAUACCAGCAGCAUAGAGGAGGAGAGAGAGAUUUCACGACGGGACCUACAGAGGAGGGCCCUGGAAGCCUUGGAGGCAGCUCGAUCCAAACAGGUUGCAUUUGCUGUGAGAACUAACAUUCCCUAUGAUGGAAGUGCCGAUGACGAUUCGCCAGUUCACGGAGCGGCUGUGUCAUUUGAAGCAAAAGACUUUCUUCAUGUUAAAGAGAAAUUUAACAAUGACUGGUGGAUCGGGAGAGUAGUGAAAGAAGGCUGUGAUAUUGGCUUUAUUCCCAGUCCAAGCAAGUUAAAUUCCCUCCAGCAGCUGGGCUUGAGUGGUUCGGGGGGAAGUAGAAGUAAAACGAGUCAGAGUAGGUCUGGUAGCGUUUUCCAGUUUGAAGGAAUGAUGAAUCAAGCCCAGUCUCCUACAAAUACUUCACCGUCAAGACAAUCAUCCACGUCGGGGCAGAUUGAUAAUGAAAAUGGACUAGAAUAUGACGAGGAACAAAGUCCUUCCAGUCCGACGCCGAAAUCAUUGCCAAGAUCCGCGUCGGGUACAACGGUAUCUUCACAGGGAACCCAGAGUGGAAAAACAAAAAAACCUUUCUUUAAAAAGCAACAGGAACAAUUCUCUCCUUAUGACGUUGUGCCCUCCAUGAGACCUAUUGUGUUACUUGGGCCUUCUUUGAAAGGCUACGAGGUCACAGACAUGAUGCAGAAAGCUUUAUAUGAUUACAUGAAACACAAGUUCUCGGGAAGAAUAACAAUAUCACGUGUCAAUGCUGAUAUAACCUUGGCUAAAAGGUCGACUCUAUCAAACCCGAGCAAGAGUAAGCUUAUGGAAAGACCAAACAGUAAAGCUUCGGGACUUGCUGAAGUACAGGUUGAGAUUGAAAAGAUAUUCGAAUUGGCUCGAGGGCUUAACUUGGUUGUGUUAGACUGUGAAACUAUUAAUCAUCCAACUCAGCUCUUCAAGACGUCGUUAGCUCCUCUGCUUGUCUACAUCAAAAUUAACUCCCUCAAGGUCUUACAAAGGCUUAUAAAAACACGAGGCAAAUCUCAGUCUCGGAAUCUCAACGUACAGCUUGUGGCAGCUGAAAAAUUAGCACAGUGUGGUGAUGAUUCUUAUGACCUUGUUCUGGAUGAAGCACAGCUUGACGAUGCUUGUGAUCACUUGGGCGAGUUCCUUGAGAGUUACUGGCGGGCAACACAUCCACCGAAUCAACCAGGCAGCAGGCUGCCGAAUGUCCAGGCGUCCCCAUCAAGUCAACAGUAUAACACAGUGGACUCUAACGAAAGACCGAGUGUCUACCUGUGACAUCUCCCAUGGUGCCUUUCGGUGAAACUCUAUUUUGCCCAAGCACGAUGGGACAGAAUUUACUACCCACGUUGCAUGUCGUGCAAAUGAGCCUCUGUUUAUUCAUGGCCGUUGGGGAAAAUAAACUCUUAGUCCAUUGAAAAUACCGACAUUUCACAAUACGGACCAAAGCAAAACUCAUGGCGAAAACAUUGUUCAAGUGUACAGUGAAUGAGUUGUACCUGGUUCAUUCACAAUAAUUGGGUCAAGAAACUCUUGAUGAGACUUACAUGUACAAUGAAUUACGUUGAGGUGAUGAGGCAAAUGUCGUUAUAUUCACGCUGUUUUGCUUUGAGAAGGAUGGAUGGAGGGAGCCUGGAAACGAAAUACAUCGUUACAUUGCAAGUUCCAAGUAUUUUAAGUCAUUUAUUGAUAGUUAGUGAACAAAGCAGCCGUGGAAUACUUAAGAAAGAAAAAAGUCUCUACAAAUUGCUGCCGAAAAGUGCCGCCAGUGAUGCGACAAAGUAAGUUGUAGCUUUUCAAGGGUGAAAUAGCCGGUGAAAGUAGCUGUGCCGAUUUGCUUGAAGUUGUUGUGCUUCGUUUUCAACCUGUACAGGUUGGACUGGAGUCAUACGCUUUUGUCUACAAAACGCCACCACCCACCCCUCCCGUAGAAUUUUCUUUAUCGUCAAGCUAAUUUGGAGACCUCCUUCCCAGGGCUCUCGUUGUCUUCCUUCCCAAAGGUUAGGAAGAAGAGAGAGGCCUUCGGAAUAAGGUUGAGAUGUCAGACAGUUACUUCUUAUUCGUCUUUUUUGGAGGUAAAAUUCCGCUUUUAAAGUGACUGCUUCUUGUAAGCUGGCUUUUGCUGCAUCAAUGUUUUAUUCAGCGAUAGGAGGAAGAUGGUUUUGUUGUCGGCUGAUAAAAGAUGCUAUUUGCGAUGUACCGUGAAAGAGUUAAUGCUCUUUGUCGAGAAAGUGGUGUUAACUUUUCGAAGCAUUAAGGCUUUGGCCGAUUUCACACCUCAACGAAAUCCUUUUAAAUACACUGGCCUAGAUAGAAGAAAGCUUAACAUUUUGUAAAGUAUAUUGCAAUAUUUGCGUCGAAAUUGCGACUUUUCUCCUCCCUUUAUUAGGAAAGUGUUCCUCGAUGUAGUUUAGCAGUAGUUGGGAAGAAAUAUCAAUUAUUUAGUGAAAAAGAAACAUAUCUGGCUAAGAGCCAUGUUAUCAGUACAGUAUAAGCUAUUUUAUAUUGUUUUAAGAAACCAAUGUGGUACCCAACCUACUUAACAAUGAAAUUUGCACUUAUUUGUUUUUUUGUAACAUAGCAUUUUUCUUGCGAAGAUAUCAUCGCAAUUUUUUUAUAACUAGCGGAAAUUUAGUGAAUAGUAAGAAAUUGAUAAAGAGCUCAAGGCAGAAAGACUGGUCCGAAGUAAGUUGCUUUUCUUCUGUGUUGUGUAUGCCUCGUCUCGUGGAGAAUUUAUAAAUUGGCCGCCAAAUCCCCUUUCAGUUUAAGCAAACGUUGAUUCAAUAUUUUUUAUCAAAUUGUGAUUUCAUACCUCCAUUGCUAACAUGUUUUGCUGCUAAUUCAAUUGCUUCAGGUAGUAUCAGGGGUGAAUAUAGUAAGCAAUCAGGAAACCGUAUUUUGCACAUGUGAUCAAAACGGACCAAUCCCGAUGUCUUGUUUUCGCGUCCUCAGAAGAACUUAUUUUGAUUUGUUCUCUUUGAUCACGCGUGCCAAGUAAGGCUCUUUGAUUGGCUCUUUGUGUACUCAUCAUGCUUCGGUUAUUAUAAAUGGUGCAUUGCUGAAAUGUCACCACCGUAAGUUAAUAAUUCAGAGUUUCAAAUUACGAACCUUCAAAUUUUUUUUUUUUUUUAUUAAGGCAAAUUGCUUCGUGCGGGUGUUCAUUGCAUAGCGGCUUUGGUUAGAAAUAAUGCUAGAAGAUAAACUUAUUUUUAAAAGAAUUGCUUAAUGUAGGGAAAGCAUGACAUAUUGUACAGGUAUUUGAGUGCAGACACGUAAUGAAAGCUGGGCUUUUUUAAUUUGAAUGUCGAGGCGUGCGUGAAAGUAUUCUUCUGGUUGUAAAUUGUCUAUCGCUGCCGCUCUGUAUAUUUAGAUCAGUAGUAAUUCUUGGCCACUGGUAGUUUUUUAUAAUCAUGGGAGCAAGCUCUCUUUUAGUUGAAGUUUCCCCAGUUUUGAACGUAUCUUGUAAACGCUAAUACAUGAUUUCAGGUUUUCUGUGAUAGAUUGUGAUAGACAGAAGGAAAUCAAGAUAGUCGGAAUUGGGAUUACGAUUUUCCCUUGCGUUAUAAGAGAAAGGCAUUAUUUGAAUGAUAAUUCUUAGCGAAGUAAGACGAUGUAGACAUUUUACCUCUCACAUAGUAUCGCGGAGGCGAAACAGAGAGCCGCGGCACUUAUUUGAGAAAGAACUGUUCAAUUUGCCGUUAUUCUUUCCAAGUUUAUGAGAUUUGUUAGUACGCAAGCCUUAUGUUGCCAAUAAGCUUUUCUGUUGCAUUUGUGAUGUAUUAUUGGUAUCUUUUGGAUCUUCCUAAAGAUGUUAAAUCUCUUAACUGUAUCAAUUUCAAAGUUUUGGAGCGGCCUAGUUAUAACUUAAGCUAAGGUAAACAAACAAAAAGGUAUUGAUAUCGAAUAAGAAUAUAAGUAUGGGCCUCGCUGCGCGGCGCGAGCUCCGCUUUUACUACGAGGUGUGAAUAUUUUCCCGUCGUCUAACUUAUUAGUGUCAUGUGUUUCAAUACCAAUUCAUGGUUCGUUUGUUUCGACCAUUGAAAGAAUCUUCGAUAUGAGAUUUCGCUCUUUUUUAACAGGUUUUCUUUAGCACUUUUUUUUUUCAAAUUUUAUUCUAGUUGUUUUUGUUAUCUUUUGGUCUUCGUCAGUGGUUUAGGCGACGAUUUAUCGCGUUUUGAUUAAUAGCAGUGAAUACAUUACCGCUUAUAAUAAUACAUAAGGUAAAUUUUGUUCUUUGGUUUUUCCUCAUCGGUUUAUGUUGUAAGUCUUCAUAUGAACCCUUUAACUCUGAUGAUCUGAUUUUUCCCCUCAGUACUUGCAGCUGUACAUGUUGUCGUAUAUCAGUUGAGAGAAUUUGAUGUUGGAUCAAUACACUACUUGAUACAUCCGUCCAGACUCACCGUUUGAUAUCUGAAAAAUUUGUUGAAAAUUUGGAAUGAAGUGAUACGUUUUAAAAUCACCUCUCGGAGUUAAGGGUCAAAAAAAUUUUAGAUCUAUAAUUUCGGUUCUUAGACGCUAGCUUUUACUCCUAACGUUAACCAGGAUUAUUAAGAGUGGAUAUCUCUUAUCAAUUUGGAAUAUUUAAAUACAGCACAUUUCCUUCGAAAGCUGGUCACUAAAGUGUCCAAUUUUGUUUUCGUUAGAGUUAGGAUUGAUAACUAGAUUAUUUUACUGAUUAUUUUAUAUUAUUGCUCUGCCUUAUUAUGAAGCAAUUUGGUUCUCUGUGGCAAAGUGCAAUGCCCAACAGUGAUUUGUAAAUAAAUUUUCAACUCUA